AUGGCAAGCGACACAAAUGCCACAGUGCCACCACGGCCACUGCGCACAAUUUCGGAUGAGUUUCGCGAGCUGCAAUACAUUAUCGACCAGUUCCAAAGCCAGCUCGACACACCCGAGGGCACCGCGAGCUUGCACCCCUUUGGGCCUAUCAAUGCAGAAAAGGCACAAUCAUCUUUUUCGCAGGCCUGCUUCCGCCUCCGCGAAUCCCUAACCGGGUACCGCGACAUGACACUGGCACCAUGGGCCAAACUUCUGUCAAUAGACGCUGCGCAACUACAGCAGCAGCAACAACAGCAUCAAAUGAACGGCGGUAUUCCUGUCAGCACGCCUGUGAUGGCUGCAACGCAUCGGGCGGCGGCGGCGGCGCAGGAACUGGUAGAAAUGCGCAAGAUCACCGACGCACUGCACGAGGAUACGAGCAAAUGCAAGGGUAUUCUGUUCGAUGCUGCCGGCAGUGCCAUUUCAAAGGCGCUUUCCAUGAGCUCCAUGGGUCAGCCUGGGUUGCUUGUUGAGCGGCUAAAGGCCACAGCAAAGAAACUAGAGUUGGCGCAUUACAUUGAUGUCCAGAAACGCGAGGGCGAGGGCGAGGUCACCACGGUUACGCUUGCUGGCGGCAUCCUGGUUAUCGAUGUGGAUAUCGGUACAAGCAAGGAGCAGCUUAAGGUCAAGGUGUCCUAUGUGUCUGAUAUCGAGCACGACAAGCGCAUUGACGCACUGAUGCUUAGUCGACUUCUUUCAACGACAUUUGCGGAUUCGAGCAGCUCAUUGACGAAGGAGCGGGCACCGGCAAACUUUAUCCACAACACCUUUGCUAUCAGCGCGACGCUGGCCGAGAUCCAACAGCAGGAGCUGCGGGCACUGGGUGGUGAUGUUCGCGGGCUUCUGAGACAAGGAUCGGGCAUUGCGCUCCCACACACGCGGCACGUCGGCCCUUCGACCCUGUUCUUUGCUCCUGCUGCUAUUAAAAGUGGGUUGUCGCAGGAGAACUGGGCCGCGCUGCAGACUAAUUCACUUUGCGGUGUGGCUGGUAUUCCAGGUCUCCGCUGGCUGUGCUUCAAUUGGGAGCCGGCGAAAUCACCACACUGCUUCAUGCCUGCGCAGUUCCAACAGUACUGCCUUCAGUCCGACCACAUGGUCGAGGACUCAGAGUCGCACAGGGUUGUGACUGUGAGCCACCCGAGUAUCCACGGCCUGCAAAUGCGCUUCCUCGAGUUCACUCAACACAAGAGCGCUGAAAGGUCUGCCUCCGAUAGUGACGAUUCCAUGCAGGUUGACGGCCAGGAUGAACAAGACAAAAACAAUCGGGACGAGCUCUGGAUUCCCUACGCGCUCGUCGCCCGUCUGGAGUCACCACUGCCUGCGUGUGCGCUGACUGUGAGGCGCAUUAUGGAUGCUAUUGCUCCAGGCGCCACAAUCGCUGGUCCGGGCCACGAUGGGUUAGAGGAGACAGAUGGUGGUACCUUGCAAGGGGCACCCAGGCUGCUUGAGGACGCAGCCACCUUGGAGCACCUCAUGUAUGCGAAGUGCACAGCGGGCAAGAGCAGCGCCGAAGCUGCAGCAACUGAUUUGCGCAAACCGACAUUCCAUUGCAUUGCUAGGCGUGGUAUUUCUGUCGAGGUGGAGUCGCCGCAGAUCUGCGCAUGGAAUAUCUGCCGUGUGCCCCUCAGUCACCCCCGAAACGUGCUCGCUGUGGUGCCCCUGUUGCGGCGGCAGGCCGUGUUUAACGAGCUGCUCGCCAGUUGCUUCAACGUUAUUAACACGGGCACCAGCGAUGUAGCGGAUACUAGCAAUGAGCCUGUGUUCAAUGCCAGCAAGGUGACAGCCAAGACGCAUGCAAACGACCCGUUCCGCCUUGAUAUUCUGGUCAAGGAAGUAGCACCUGAGGAUGAUUCCGACGAGAACGGAAAGCGUGCUAAAAUGGGCGGCGACCAACAAAAUAUGGACACCGGUGCGGGUGCUGCUGCAAAUAGCCGGGCCGGAACGGGUCAAGGUGUUGUCUUGCGUGUAGUGGAAUCGACUGGCGAUAUUUUCGCAUGGACUCACCAGUCUCUGGGACUCGCGAAAGAGUUGGAUUUGCUGGCGGCUAUGAAUGGCAUUGCGAGCACUACACUUACAAAGGCAAACUCGCACGCCAGCUUGUCAGCAAGCGGCUGCGGCGGAGACGCCAGUUCCUCGCUCUCGGGGUUUUUCUGCGGAAUCCUGCAGAUUGCGCACCUGAAACUUACAGCUGUCCAUCAUUCUGGUAAACUCAUUGUUCGUGUGCUCACCGCUGUUAUUAUUGCUCGACUGGUCAUCCUCAAUAUUAGAUUCAAGGUAGACGCUGAGGGCAAAAAUCAUGAGACAGAUCUCAUCAGCUCACAGAUGGAUCUGAUAUGGGCCAAAUUACAGGGGAUCAAAUUAGGCGCCACAAUGACAUCCGGACAUACUGCCUACAUGCCAAUUAUCCAUACCAGAGACCCGGGUUACUUUCAUAAGGACCAGUUCUUGAGAACGGAGCACACGACUUCCAGUGCUUACGCUACAAUCAAUGAAGCUUUGGAAGUGACUUACCCGUCAUUGCUGACGGCUAGCAGCGGCCUUUGUGCUUUGUGCACUCGUGCCGACUAUCCAAAAACGACACUGCUGGCAGUGGUAUUUGUGUUUUGCACAGUUGCGCCGCCACUUGUUGGCAAUUUUGCUGACAGAGACGGCGGCAUUGGUGUAUUAUUCACUGUUGCCAACCGAGUUCUGACCAGCCACGCAGGUCCCAUCCUCCUAUUCUGCGUGCAGCGUCAGUUUGACUUGCAGAGUGACCAACUCAGAGUGCAAUUGUGCAAGCUCGUUGUGGCGUGCGUCUAUCUCGGCGCUUUCCAUCUGUCUGUAAAGAGCUUUCAUCCAGUCGCGAGCCGCACAGACCUAGUCAAUGGCAUAUAUAGCCAGAUAAAUGUCAUUAUCUACCCUCUUGCGCCUGGUGUUGAUAUGGGCAUCAGUUGCUUCAAAGACCCGGCUCAAGGCUUGCGCUCUGACGCGACACCUCAGGGCAGGGACAAACUUAGUGUCAGUUUGAGCGCAACUGGCAGGUUGGUCAUCAAGGUCUUGAUAUCGGUGAUGCUGAACGACGAUAGAGCAGGCGGCACCAUACGCAGCACUGGGCAAAAAAUUAAGCGGCUGCGGCGCGAUGCUGAGGCCAAGAGGGGCUUGCUCAAGACGCUGUGCAUCUCGCGCAAUGUUAUCCGAUUGUCAACCAAAACCGAGAUCAUGAGCAUCCAGGAGCGAUAUACAUGCGAGCAGGCCAACCAAGGUGGCCUUGCUACUGUUAACACCGUGCAUAAUAACAAGUCCGCACGCUACCAGGAGGUGCUUGUAAUAAACCUUGAGUGCAAGCAAAACCCCAAGGGCUGCCGGCAGUGCUGCCGCGUUGCCAAGGUACAGGCUAGGUUUAGCAAAGUGCAGGUUAGAGUGAACACAUGCCCUCAUGCCAUGGCCAUACUGGAGGUUGUGCUGCGAUUGUCAACGUUACCCGGCAAUGCUUCGGCCACCAUAGCCAGCACUGCACCAAUUGCCGCUGGAAUCCAUGAUAUCUAUGCAAAGAAUCAUAUCAGGGAGGAGGCCAUGCGUUUUUCCAGCCACGUCCUGGUCAAAGUGUCAGAUAAGCUGCGCAGUUUGCGUCCCAAAGACAGCGCGUAUGCUGUGGUUAUGUGCGCGCACAACUUGCUUGCUCCAUACAUGGUGACUGAGACAGAAGCUGCGCUGUAG